AUGCCUGGAGGAGACGGCCCGCCUCCAGCGAAGGGCCCGCCCCCGAAGACCAAGAGGACCCCCCCCCCCCCGCCGCCAGAUUCCCUGGCGAACGCGCAAACCACGCACCUCAUGAACCACCUCCGGCAUAACGCGAAGGAUGGCAAUGCCCAGAGCGACUGCGGGAAGGAGCGCAUCAUCGCCCUUGCAACGUUCAAGCAACUGGGCGAGCGGAUGCGGAAGGAGUCCUACGACGCGUUCAUGACCGACAAUGAGAAGGGCGAGAAAGACGCCAAGAGGUUGAAGGGCCUGACGCAUUCCUUCGCAGCCGUUCAUGAGUCCUCGAAACAGGGGCCGACAAACAGCGGACAGAAAUGGGUCACAGUCGCGCAGUUGACGCAGGAGUUCGGGGUCAACCUGGGGAGCUUUCCCACCGUGUCUGCGGGAUGCGAUUGGGCCCGCAACAAGUGGCGCAGGAACGCUGAGAAGCACAAGACGGCAGAACCCCACCCGCCCCAGAUGGACACGGAAGAAGUCAUAGAGUCAUUGUAUUUUUACGUUUUCGACGAUGGCUUGCAGACCGCAGCCGAGGAGAGGACGGGAGAGCAGUGGGCCUCGCACAAAGACUAUGGGAAGACGAGCAAGAUUGCGCUGGAGGACAUGUCUCGAGGAUCCGCGUCUGCGGGGCAGGGGGGCGGCGACGUGAAGAUCGAGAACCAAGAGCUGAAGGUGGCCGCCCUGCAGAGGCAGCAGAAGGACAUGAAGGAGUUGAUGCUGAGUUUCGAUGCCACGGCGAAGAGAGACGACGAUGCCAAGUGGCGCGCCAACGGCGACGAGAUCAGGCCCACGCACAAAGCGCUGAGCGACUUCCUCGACGCGGCAGAGCUCCUGCUGGCAGAGGCGGCACGCAUCCCCGCGGGCGAACCCGACGACGAGAUGAUGAGGGAGACGAGGCAUGCAGUGUCAGACCAGGUCACGCUCGCGGAGAAGCACUUGGAGGGCGGCAAGAUCAGCGCGAAGCGUUGGAAGGGCGCGACGUGA